UGCGAGUGCGAGCAACCAUCUCCAUCGUCAACAGCCUCUCACACGUCUCGCAUUACUACCGCACACUUAGCGUAGCGACAAGCUUACGCCGACGCGCGGCACCGACACACCGGCAUCGACGCGCAACACGGCUGCCCCGCACGGGUCAGCUAUCACUCCGGCACAUCGACUCCGCCCUCAGACGCUCUUUAAUCCGCACGUCGCCAACUCGUGCCUCCUCAUACUUCCUCUGUCCCCAACUCGACUAGCGCAGCCCCCUGCUCGCACAACGCUCAUCUCACGCUCCGGCCGCCAUGGUUGACAUCGCCGCCCUCCUCGAUCAGCUCGAGGAGUGGAUCGAGGCGCAGGUGCCCCAGAACCUCUCCGAGCUGCCGGCCAAGAUGCUUGAGACGGCCGAGCGCAUGACGAAUGAGCUGAUGGACACGCUCACCAUGCACGGUCCGCCCUCCAUCUCGAUACCCUUCCCGCCCUUCGCCAAAGAAGUGCCACCUCCGCCCCCUCCCCCGCCCCCAGCGGUCUACUCGCGCAUCACGGACCUCGCUCGCCGUCACCCGUGUCUCGUCGCGGGCGCUGUCGGGCUCACUCUCACUGCGAGCAUCGGUGCUAUCGGCAUGACAACGGGCGUCGGUGUGUUCGGCGCGUAUGGGCGUGAGUGGCGCCUCCGCCGUCGAUUUGGCGUCCGUGGCGUUGUUGAGGGUGGCAUGUUGCAAGAGGCUAUCGUUAUCCUCGCCCCAUCCCCCACCCCUCCCCUCCUCGUCCCCCUUACCGCCUCGCUCCUCAAGAACGGCUAUGUUGUUAUCGUCGCCGUCCCGCACGUCAAGGAGGCCGAGGCGCUCGAGCGCCGCCUCUCUGGCUUGGCCGAGAAGACUGCUCUCCGCGUCCUGAUCUACGACACAGAGGACUCCACCACCUUCCCACCCUUCCACCGCUCCCUGCUGGCCACACUUACGCUGCGCUUCCCGGGUCCCUCUUCAUCGUCGUCCAGCACGGGGGGCUACGCGGUGUCGGAUCCGUACAACCCGGCACCGAGUCAGAUCCCGCACAUCCACGCCUUCAUCAGCUUGUACCCCCUGAACCCGGCACCGCCCAGCCAGCCUAGUCCGCUGCCUGCUCUCCCGACUCUUGUGCAGCCAACCACCGGAAAGCCACCAAUGCUGCUCACUCUCUACCCCGCCGCCGCAGGUCUGGUGACGCCCGACUCAUUUGCCUCUCAAGUACUGAGCGCUACGCACCAACUUCUUGGGGCCAACCUCGCCGCCGCCACAUCUUCACGUGUGGUGUCGCUCUUCUUGGGUCACAUUACCCUGCCCUCUCUCCCUGCCAUCAUUACUGAGGGCCGUACUCUCUCGCGUCGCGAACUGGCGCGACAGCGCCUCCGUGAGAGCGCCGCGUCCCCCACCGCCGCAUUCUCUAUCGUGCGGGACCUCAUUGCGUCGACGCUCUGCGGCUUUUACCGCUCCAUUGCGGGUGCCCUCGGCCUGGCGCCGUCGCGUGACUACGCCGCGUUCGAAACCCGCCUCCUCCGCACGCUCAAGACUCGUUGUGGUACCAACUUCUAUGCUGGCCAGCGCUCCUGGCUCGCGCACCGGCUGGCCUCCCUGCCGCCCACUGUUCUCCCGCGAGUGCUGAGCAUUAUGCCGCCCAUGCCGUCAGAGACGGGCCCUGCGCCGCCUCCGCCGCCCAAGAGCGGUGGCGGCUCGCGCUCCGCCGGCUCCCGCAGCGCUAGCUCGAGCGACCACGAGGCGGAGGACCUCGUGAGCUCCAUCCACACUGCUGGCACGACGCAGAGCUCCGCCGACAGCUCGGUGAUGGACGGCAGCUGGGUCGUUGAUGCCUAGUUGGCAGUGUUGUACCAUCGAUAUUCUAAACAGACAUGAAUGUAUGGGCCAAUUGCAAACGAAC